AUGCGUGGUACGCGACGGUGUACCAUGUUGGCGGUACGUUGCUUUUUUCCACGCCAUACAAUGCUUGGGAUGAUUUUGGAUGAUUUUUCAGUUGGUUGGAUUCUUCAGAGCCAGAAUAAACUAUUUCAAGGCGCAGUUUAUAUCCUUACCUUGAGCUUCCUGUUCCCAACCAUUCUUGCUCUUUACCUCCACCUCUGCCUCGGACGUGAAACCCACAGCGUUCCGUCUUAUCUUAUACCCGUCGCGGGGCAUCUCACAGAGCCUUACGAAUGCCGCGCCGACGGCACGCUGGAUGUGUGCUUCAAAGACAAUUGCGAGGGGCGCUGGAAGCCCCCCGGUACGCACCACUGCUCCGCCUGCGGGGUAUGCCGCCUCGGAUUCGAUCAUCACUGUCCAUGGCUAGGCAAUUGCCUUACCACGCGCCGCCUCAAACCUUUCCUUGCCCUCUUAUUCUUAACGCCACCUACUGUCGUUUUCGCAGCAACCCCUGUCAUCGAACAUGUGUGGAAAUAUGCUGCGCUCGCGCUCGCAACUUCGCGUGCAGAUGCGUGGGCAGUGCAGGCGUGGUGGGCAAGAUGGUGGUCGUGGGUCGUGUGGGGCGGGCCGGUAGGGAGAUGGUUUGUGGGAGUGAUCAUAGGGUUUCGAUUGCUCGAGGCCGAGCGGGAGCGGGAGAUGCAUGUCAGGGUAAGAGCGGGUGAGCUUCCGCAUGCGCGACUCGCUGUCCUCAUUUGUGCUGGUACUGUGCUCGGGUUGUUUUCGCUGGGCAUGGUAGUCGCGACCGUGCGCGACAUCCUACGCGGGCAGACUGCACUCGACGGCAUCAUUCUCCGACGUGUUACGCGCGGCAUCCGAGACUUGCGCCCAGACAUUCGCGGGCGCACGCAUACCAAUGGGAUGCGAUACAUCUGCAUCCCAGACAUCAAUUCCUUGCUUAUCUCCCGUCCAGCGCAUACCAAGGAUGACCUGGUGCACGCACACGCAAGCACGGAUGUGCAUCUGGGGGCGGAUCCAAUUGGAUCGAAGGGGACUAUUUUUCCCGUUCUGCCCGACGAGUGCCUAUAUGACCUCGGAUGGCGUAGGAAUUGGAACCGCGCGAUGGCUGGAGCGUGGUUCUCUGACAGUAUCCCUGAUAGCGGAGAUACCAGUCGGUCGGGGUCAGAAGUCUAUAUAUGGCCAAAGAUCAACCCGGGGGUGUUGCGCCGUAUACGAACGGAAGUUCGGGCGCAGAAGAUUGCUCGCAACUAG